AUGUGUGAAAGUCCUUUGUCUCUUCGCAAGAUUGUGCGAAAUCAAUCGAAGAUGAUUCAGACACCAUUCAGCGACAGCUUUUCGGGAAAUAAUAGUCAUUACCGCUUAAAGGAUUCAUUAAUGGUCCCAGGCUAUUCUCAGGUUAAAGCUAUGGUACAUAAAAACAUUCAAAGACCAAAAAUCUCCGCAGUAAUAUCAACAGUGGAGAUAGGCCAUAAUAUUCUAAACAAACCGACGUUUUCACGGCUAAAACUAGGUAAAUAUAAUGAGCAAACUGAACAACGAAUGAUAAGGAAUACAAUUUCUAAUACUACCAAUCCCGUUGUACAUAACACAAAUGUUUUGUUCUCCGACCAUAAUUCGGAGCCGGCUGUUAAGAAUUUUACUCAGUCAGAAGAAGUACUUUUAGAAGAAAUUAAUAAGAUACCAGCUGUUCCGUUUUUUCAAACGAAAAUUAAAAUAGGUUCUCAGGAUACUUUUAACGAAAUAUCUUCAAUAUUUACUAAUGAUACUGCUGAUACUGCUGAUAUUCCCAAUACGUCUAAUCAACCUUCUGCUACGAUGCUUGAACGUAAUGAAUAUGUAAGUGAUUUAGUUAAUCAAGAAAUUCCAAAAGAAGAAUUCACUGAAGCAGUUAUUAAUUACAAUGCCUCCCUAUUGAGGACUUGUGCUGAUUUACUAGUAUCUAAAUCUGAUAUUAACGCCCAAGAAAAAUUUCUUGAACUGGAUGUUGAACCACCAUGGUUAAAAAAUGAAAAGUUUUGGAAUAAUAUAUACAAUAAUAGAUAUGAGUUCCUUAUGAGAAAUCCAGAUUGGCCCUCUCUUAAGGUUAUUCUUAUUCCUCGAACGCAUGUUGACACAAUUUGGCUAAAACCUUUUGAAACGUCACACAAUGAAAGUGUACAGAAAAUUAUUACAAAUGUAAUAAAAAAACUACAAUUUUAUCCAAAUCUUACAUUCACUUGGAAUGAAGUGUCACACUUGAGUUACUGGUGGAAGAAUGCAUCACAAAAGAGACGUGUGAGUCUGCGUCGACUAAUUAGGGAAGGCCGGCUUGAAAUCACAACAGGGGGUUGGGUGGAAACCGAUGAAGCUACCUCGAGCUUAUUUGGCAUUUUACAUCAAUUUACAGAGGGGCAUCAAUGGUUAGAUCAGUUUAUAAAAUAUAAACCAAAGGUAGCUUGGCUCAGUAAUAGUGUGACUCAUAGUCCUACUUUUCCAUAUAUAUUGUCAGCGAUUGGAAUUUCAGAGAUGGUUUUUACAAAAAUCCACUUUGCUUUAGAAGAAUAUUUUGCUGAGUUUCAAUAUAGUGAUUUUAUCUGGCUACAGAACUGGGACAACGAUAAAAAGACUCAAACCGAUAUCAAUUUAUCUCUAAACAAAAUUGGAAUUGAUCGAUAUCCUAAGCAUGCUGUACUAACACAUUUCAUACAAUUUAACUCUGAUGGCUUUAAGGCUUGUGGUCCCGACAGUAAAAUAUGCAACGAGGACUAUAACUUCGCAAACAAAGUCACUGAUGUUAACCCAUAUAAUAUUAAAGACAAGGCUGAAUCAUUAUUGCAGCAAUACUCUAAAAGUGGUACACUAUCUCCUCAUAACAUUAUUAUUGCUCCAAUUGGAGGACCCCUGCAUUUUGAAAGUCAAACAGAAUUUGAUUAUCAAUAUAAUAAUUAUUUAAAUAUUGCAGACUUUAUCAAUGUUAAUCAAAAUAUUUACAAGGCUACGGUACAGUUUGGUACGCCUUCUGAUUAUUUUACAACUGUUACUAAGAGGCACAAAUCCUUCCCCACAAUAUCUGGUGAUUUUAUGAACUUUGCUGAAAUAAUUAAAACACGUCCAGCGUAUUGGACAGGCUUUUUUACAUCACGGCCUAUGGUGAAAAUUUUGCUAAGGCGACUUCAAGCUACAUUGCGUUCCACAGAAAUUUUAUUCUCACUUACUUCUUCAUUAAAUGCAUUUAGAAGUUAUAAUAAAUCAGAAUUGAUCAGUAAACUUAGAAGGGUAAGAGAAACUGUAGCUCGAUUACAGGAUAAAAACGUUGUCAGUGGAACUUUAUCUUCAAAAAUACUUAAUUACUUAUACAAUUUGAUCUUGAUAACAGUAAAAGAUUGUUGGUAUAUUCAAGAAGUUGCAGCUAGUCUACUCAGCACUAAACCCGAUCAAAAUGAAAAGUAUCUAACAAAAUAUGUCUAUAAAGAAGGGGAAUUUAUUUCUUCGUUUAAAUCAAUUGAACCAGGAGAUCAACUUUAUGUUUUUAAUUCAUUUACUCAUGAAAGAACUGAAGUUGUUGAAUUAUUGACGCGGCACACCAAUAUUCGUAUGGUUGACCAUAAUAAAAAAGAUGUGCCCAUACAAAUUAAUCCUGUUUGGAAGUAUAGUUCUACACAAAACGUCCUACGGAUAAACAACCAUUUCUUUAAAGUUGUUUUUAUAGUUAGAGUACCUUCUAUGACAUUGAAGCUUUAUAAAUUUAAGGAAGCAUUUGAUAUAUCAAAUAGUUUACCUAUAGUUUACUGUACGUCAUGUGUUGAGGAUUCUAUGAGAACGAAUAGUCCGUUUAGUAUGCAACCAAUAGAACCAGGAGACAUACAAAUUGAAAAUUACAAAUUAAGACUUAUAUUUGAUGAAUUUACUGGAUUUUUAAAAAGUGUAAUCGAAAAGGGAACCGGCACUGAAAAACAAGUCGUUAUUAAUUAUGGAGCAUUCAGAAGUUCCGAUUUUAACUCUGGAAUAUAUCUUUUUAAUACAAAUGUUACAAAACCAAUUUACGAUAUAUUAAAACCAUAUAAAAGUGAUCUUAAACCUAAAAUUAUUAUCAUCGUGUCGGGUAAUGUUAUAACAGAUAUUACAUCCAUUUACGGGAAUCUCUUGCAGCAUAGCAUUAGAAUAUGUAAUAGUAUUAACAACCCAUUAUCGAGUGCAAUACGAGUCGAAAGCAAAGUGGAUUUUGAUGUUUCACCAAAUAAUAGAGAUUUAGAAAUGUUUAUGUUAGUGCAAACUGAUAUCGAAAAUGGUAAUCCGGCAGAAAUACAUAUUGACAAUAAUGGUUUUCAAUUCACUUCACAUAAGUUUAAUACUUCUCGCAGAAUAGAGUCAAAUAUGCUUCCUUUAACAAACAUGGCCUUUAUACAAGAUGAAAAGAAUAGACUAUCUAUCGUAACUGAUCACGCUCAAGGUGUAACCGCCUUACAGGAAGGGCAAAUACUGGUCAUGUUAGAUAGAAGAGUAUUGUUUAAUGAUGGUCGUGGAGUUAAUGAGGGUUUAGCUGACAAUAGGGUCACUAACCACGUUCAUUAUAUUUUGCUAGAGAAUCUAGUGCAUCAUGACGACCCGUCGGAUAAUUUAUCUACAAAAUCAAAACUUAUUUUACCUAGUUUAUUGGGCAUUCAAACAGCAAAUAUUUUGACAUAUCCUUUAGAUAUUUUUUUUAUCGACAAGCGUCAUAGUGACUCCUGUCACUAUGUUUUUCUUCCUCUAAUUAGAAGUACCUUUCCCUGCGAUGUGUUUGUUCUUAAUUUCAGAAUGUUUUUAGGGAUUAAGAGCUCUUCAGAUUCUGCUCUUUUAACUUUACAUAGGCAAAGUUAUACGUGUCAAGUAGAAUCCUCCGAUUAUUUUUACUGUAGCAGAAACACAAGUUUUAAUAUAGAGAAAGUUUUUCAACACACACAUGCAGCCUUUCACACCAAUUUAGUUGGCACUAAUAAGGGUAUUCCUAUCACUGAGAUAAACAAUAAAAAUUUUCCUUCGAUGGAAUUGAUGUCAUUAAAAAUUAAUUUUAAUUAAUUUAGUGUCUUUUUUGUGUAUUGAUCC